AUGAUGAUGAAGAGGCCGUAUUCUAUAAGAAACAUGUCAAUGUUGCUUAGUGAAUGGAAACCGGAUUUCAAUUUAAAGGAAGAUAUGCUGAGAACCCUACCAAUUUGGAUCAAACUUCUCCAAUGUAUUACACUUAUGGGGGCCAAGAGUUUGAGAAAAAUUGGAAGCACACUAGGAACAUCACUGCUCACAGAUGAAUGCACUGCCAAUAAGCUUCAAGUUUCAUAUGCUAGAAUCUUAGUAGAAGUGGAUGUCACACAGGAUCUUAAGAAAGAUAUCAUUAUAAAAGAUAAUGAAGGGAGAAAGCUGGUUCAAAUUGUUAAAUACGAGUGGAAGCUUGAUUUUGUGAGAGUGCCAAAAGGUUGGUCAUAA